AUGUCUCAGAUCCCUCAUGCUGCCCUGGACCAGCAGCACCAGAACCAGCAGCCGGGCCAGUACAACCAGAUCUGCACCCGCAGCAGCAGCGGCUCAUGCCCGGCCCCCACCGAGGGCAUGGAGCCCACCUGUACUGGCCACCGGACCCGGACCCCCCGCAGGAAGUGGCAGGUGUUCCCAGGAAGGAACCGGUUCUACUGCAAUGGGAGGAUCAUGAUGGCGAGACAGACCGGGGUGUUCUACCUGACCCUGGUCCUGAUCCUGCUCACCUGUGGGCUCUUCUUCACCUUCGAGUGAGUAUACACACAAAGAAACUCUUUUUUCUAUCAUUCUUGGGACUUCUUUCUGAAUCCUACAUACAGGUCCCCCAAAAGGUCCAGUGUGUACAAUGAGGACAGUUAGCGCCACCUAGAGGUAAGAUUUAGAAUGGACCCUAUUCUUGCCAGUCUCUCCUGUCACUGAGGCAACAGUGGACGUCAAAGACCAAGAGUGAUUUACGUGAUAAAAAAGAAAGAUAACUGUUUUAUGAUAAGGUGGUGAUGUUGUUAGUCAUUUUAUCUGAACACUUUAUCGCCUAUUUUCCUACAAAUGAUCCACAUUUUAGUUAUUCCUGAUAAGUCUGAUCCUCCAUUAUCAGGUUUUUAUGGUUGAAAAAUGUAUCGGUACAAAUUCAAGUGCACAAAACAAUCAAUCUCACUCUUCGUCUACCCUCCAUCGUGCCUUUCUAGUGGACUUUUUCUAAGUCAUCCAAUUUGAAACCUUUGUGAUAUUCUUUUCAACAUAAAUUAAUUUAAACAAGCUUCUGCAUAAUAAAGUCCAUUUCUUUAUGAAAAUGCUGCUAAAUUCUGCACAUUGUAUACUUUUAGAGCUCCCAUGACUGACUUUGAUUAGUUUAAAUUUUUCACCCCUCCCUAUAGACGAAGUGUUUUUUACUUAUUUAUUCUGUACCUGUGUAGUUAGUGUUUCUGAACAAAAAUAGUCAAAUGAAUCAGUCAAAAGUGCCAGACAAUAAAAAAAGUUGAUGGUCCCCAGGUUGAUAAAAGUUUUAAGGUUAAUAGUCCCCAGGUUGGACGUAAACAGGACAGCACAGGACACACACCUUCGCCUCUGGGAUCAACAUCACCUUGUAUGGGUGAAAAUCAAAGAAAUAAUAAGUCACAUGAAAAGUAGAAAGAAAUGUUAAGAAUAUAUUGGAAAGUAGAAAAUCUUUGAAUUUACAAAUUAACGGAUAGAUCGAUAACAUACAUUUAGGGGACACUACAUACUGGAGUACUUAAACUUAUACAGUACAGUUUAGAAAAAGGUAAAAUUUCUUUAACACAUGUGCAGAGAAUAUUUUCCUUAUAGAAGCGAGUUAAUUCUUGUACACAAAAGACGGUUUCUUGUUGGAACUUAUUGCAUGAUCAGUAAAAGGUAUCAACUGGUUGGGGGAAGUUAUCUUGUGCACACAAUAUAAAAAAGAAAAAAAACCCUGGGGGCUUCAGAGGGCUUCAUACUGUUUGGAUAAAGUUCUUAUUUUACAGAGAUGGAAAAAGUACUAGAAUCUUUUAAUUUCAGAGAAAUUUGAAUUCUUGUGAGUUUAAGCAUGUAAAAUCCUACACAUGUCCUUAAUAUACUUAAAGUAUAAUCAGAUACUAUCAUGUAUGUUAUAUGAUUAAUGACCUAUUAACAGAAGUUUCAGUAUGACAUUGCAGCAGUGAUCUAUUUUAAUCACUUUUAAUGCUGCUGAGUCAUGAAAUUUACCUGCGAAUCAGUAAAUCAAUAUUAAAAUCUACCUUCGCUUUAUAUAUUCUGUGUAUUUGUCUAUAGAAAGUAUAAUUCAUACAUGCAAUGCAGUAAAUUGUACAGUGUUUAUUCCGGAAUGUUGGAGAAUUAAAGUGUGUAUUGCAUAAAAAUCUAAAAAUAGUAGAGUGAAGUAUAAUACCUCAAAUCUGAGUCACUAAUGAUCCUUUAACCAUCGAGAAAUUUGUUUUUAAUCCCCUGAGCUCUUAAAUACUGAGGAAACAGCAGGAUAGUCCUGAAAAUUAAUCAAGCUAAAAUGCUCUGAAGCAGAUGAUUAAAGAGGAUGUAUUUGUUUGUUGUUUUCAGAUAUUCCUCUCUUAUUUCUCAGAAUCUGAAAUCAUCUUCAGGUUAUAAAAUCCUCCUUGAAUCUGUUUAUAAAUUGAUCCCCGAGUCUCCAGGCUCAGUGGAGAAUGUGACUUUAGUAUUUUCCCACCAAACCUGGGGCUGUUUUCUGCUGAUUCUCCUCACUGUGUCUCAGUUCUCUGAUUCGUCUCGGAGGAUUUACAGACGGAGGAUGUCUGCAGUUUUAAUGAGUGCAGUCAGUGUGAUCAGGUAAAGGUUGUCAUUCUCCGCCAGGAAACAUCGUCAGAGCUAAAUUUACUCCCGGUGUGUCACAUCACUGAACGCUCAGAUCUUAUUUAGUUUCCUUUCAUUAACUUCGGGAACAAUAAAACUCAGAGACACUUACAGAUGUUUGGUGCGUGUUCAGACAUGGUGCAGUAUUAUUUAUUCAUCCUUUCUGUCUCCGCUAAUCACAUCUGUUUGGUUAAUUAUUUUGGAGCUGCAAAAUUCUGUUUAUAGUGCUUAAAGCUCUAAAGGUAACAUAAAAAGAACAGCAGCAUGCAAACAAUCCAGGCUUUAAUCUCUAAAACAGGUCAUCUAAAAGAGACUUAAUAUAUUCAGUUCCACCUGUCAGUCUGUGACGUCUACAGAGUAUCUUAACAUGAUUUGCAGCUCAGAAGAAGAGCUGGUGGGUGUCACUUUUUAUACAGCUCUACAGUCAAAUACUGCUUUUGUAAUGUUGCCCACAGUUUGUGGUUUAGAGCCUUUGUGAAGGAUGUUUUAGAUGGACAGGUUCACGUUUCAUUGGUAGUUAUAGAUCCAACUCACAUUGGCCUGUUCAGUCUCUGCCUGAUGUUUCAUUUUAACCACUUUUGUAAUGAAAUAAAGUUAGGAAGACCUCGUGGGUGUUACUUUCUACACUGGGCAGUCAUGAAACAACUCUAAAGCUAUGCCUGGCUGAGGCUAGAAAUGACCCCCCACUUAGCUCCUCACGUAGACAGCUAGCAUACAUUAGCUAUUGCUAUAUUAGCCGUUGUAAUAAUAGAACUCUCAUUUCGAAACCUAAUCAACAUUUAGUAUGGACAACCAACACUAAAACACGAUACAUAUGUAUCAAAAUAUGGAUCAGCAGAACAGGCCGUCUUUUAAGACAGUAGUUCUCAACUGGUCUCACUCUUGGACCCACAUUUUCCCAUGGUCCGUAAGUUGUGACCCACUUUUAUAGAAUUCAAACAAAGCAAAUUUAUGUUUUAUGAAAAAAAAACCUUUAAAGACUCUCAUCUCUAACAUAAAUACACCCAUUUUAUAGAGUAAAGUGCAUUUUAGAGCACAUGAACUGAGGAUGACAACUACUGAAGUUGCAUAUACAGAAAAUGUCAAAUAUGAAUUUGCACAAAAUAAAUACCAAAAAAUUAAAAACGUGUUUUUACUGCAUUCAGGCCACAGUAAUAAGAAACCGUGGAGGACCAUGACAUAACAUGUGCCUUUCAGAAUAAGUUUUUGUUUUCAAAAUAAAAGACAUGUCAAACAUCAGAUGUGCAUGAAAUCUGUUUGCGACCCAUCCAGAACGCAUCUGCGACCCACUUUUUGGUCAGGACCCACCAGUUGAGAACCACUGUUGUAAGAAACACAGUGAUAUUCACUCUAAGGAAAGUCAGAGAUUAUUUGGCUUCACUUUUCAACAGCUGUUAUGUCACCCAUCUUUGUUAACGAUCUAUAGACAGCUGAUUUUGACAAACGUUUCCUCUCUGACAAUUUUGAGUUAAUAACUAACAGGUAAAACGUUCUAGCCAAUUACAGCAUAGAAUUUGGGGGAUUAGUGCCAGGGAUGGCCAAUCAGAUUUCAAGUAGGGACUAAACCACCUCUCUGGUGAGUGUCUUGAGAGAUUUUGAAUCUCUGAAAGAUAUUUUUACUCUUUUCUCACCAAACUAAAAGUGUACAAAUUAACAGAAAAAAAACAGCUUUGAAAGAAAAGUUUUAAUGUAAAGAAAAAGACUUAAGGAAUAAUUUCAGAACAUGGAGGUAAAGGAUCCUCAGUUUUCCCCCACAGUCCUAAAUCAGGUCCUUAGAGACUCCCGGAGGGUUUCUUUUUGAUUUUUUUUCUUUUCUGUCCUCCUACAUGCGUCACUUCAACUUUCAAAACAAGGCAGACCAUGGUGUUUCCCGUUGUCAUGGUAACCACUUUCUGCAGCUUGUGUCACUACGGUAACAGCAGGAGGCUGGAGGAAGAGGAAAGUGUGUAAGAUGUAGACCUGUAAAGAGAAAGUAGUGUGGAGGUUUUAUAUUCGUCCUUCAUUAAAGGGAUGAAAUAUUCUGCGUCACAGACUUUAAAAGAAAAAAAGAAGGACCUAAAGAAUCCCCUCAAACGUUCAGAAAACACUUUUUUAUCUUAAAAGAAGUGCAGAUCAGUUUUGUUUUAUAUAUAUAUGUUCUUGUCUUUGUGUCCUUAGCUGUCCCUUUUUGGCGUCCAACCUGACCCCAGCCAUCCCAGCAGUCGGCGGCGUCCUCUUUGUUUUUGUGAUGGGGAUGCUCUUCAGGGCGAGCUUCACUGACCCCGGUGUUCUUCCUCGAGCCACACCGGAUGAAGCAGCUGACCUGGAGAGACAAAUUGGUAAACAUGAGAACACACAAGGAAACUAAGAGUUAUCGCCAACCCGGAACUGUGUGAGACAACUAACUUCAAACUCACUGCAGUAAAGUAUCUCUGAUAAAGAGAAAUGAACUUUUCUGAAAGUUUUAAUGAUGAUUCGGUUUUAAAUUCAGCUGGUUUUUCUCACCCUCAAUCUUGUCCAAAUCUCUGGAGGUUUUUUAAUUUUUCAGAUUCAGAGGUGAGAAAAUAAGCUGCAGAAUUUGGAUCUCUAAUGAAGCUGAGUCAUUACAGGAAGCUUCUCACUGCCUCCUCCAGCCAACAUGUGUUAAGAUGUGUCUAAGUGUGUGUGUGUGUGUGUGUGUGUGUGUAGGUGUGCGUGUUCAGUCACUGUUCAUCACCAGUCUCAGACCUCCACUCUGUCAGAAAUGCAUCUCAGCAUGUCGGUCGUUUCCACAGAAACUGUCGUUGCCGAGCUUGCCUUUUUUCUCUCUCUCCUAUCUUUGGAAACCUCUUAUUAUUUUUUUGUUUGUUUAUUUAUAUAUAUAUAUAUUUUUUUUUUUUUUCUCGGUGAAUACAUUAGCUGUCAAUCACAGCACAGCUUGCGCUCGGGGGGAAACAACCAAAUAAGGAAGACGGAGAGGAAGGAGCAGGAUUUGUAGACUCUGCUCGGUGCGUGUUUGUGAGAUGUGGAGGAAGUAUAGAAAUAGAGGGCAGUUAUUUUUUACUGGGUUGUGUUUGCUUACGGCAGUCAGGAAUGUAUUCUGUGACGUACCGCUUGAAACAACAUCCUGUCUGAUAAACAAAACCAAAGAAAGGAGUUCAAAAGUUUCUCAAACGUUUAGAGAAUUUGACCCAUAAUCAUUAUUUUACCACUGACGAUGGAUUUAAAGUGAUUUUAACAGCUUAACCAUUUAAAAACCUACAGUGUGUAUACAGACACUCUCCUAAACUUCUGCUUUUAGAGGAUAAAACUGAAGGUGUUUGUGAGAUAUGCUGCUCUGUGUUAUUCAAUGUCCACCCUCAAGCGUAUUUUCCAGUGAGACCUCAGGGUGAUAUUUCCUUAUCAGGUACCUGAAACUCUUACAUAUCAGUACUUUAAAAUAACCGCAUCAGUUCGGCUCUGCUGCAGCGAUUUCCAGAGAGAUCCUGAUCUAAACUUUCAGCUUCUUCAUGCUUUGCUCCCUGUUUGUGAUGCAGCUCCACACUGAGGUGAACACUUCUUCCCAGGAGGCUUUGCAGCUGUAAAUCCAGUCAACUGCAGUUUAUCUCUCUGAGCAGAAGUCGACUCUUCAAGGAUGUGGAGGAUUUUAUGAUCUUGGCGGUUGGACCCCAGGGAAAAGAUGAAAACUCCCUUUGAAUUUUAACCUCUAAUGAGCAAGAGCAAGUUAAAUUUGUCCUGCAGGUGGAGCCAGAGGGACACUCCCAUUAGUCUCUGUUUGGACACUUUAAAGCCAAUCGUUGAAAGCGGGAGCGGUGUUUUGAGUUGAAUGCUAGCAUGAUUUUGAACUAACGCGGUGAUGUGUUUAUUUACACUGCUAAUGAGUUAAUCUGUUUUUGUCGUCCAGGCCGAACUCCACACACUCAAACUCAGAUCUGCUUUGUGCACUCAGUUAGAAAAGCUCGCGUGCUGGUAUGAUGUUGCGCUGCCAGGACAGAUAUUUUAUAUAUUUUUUUUAUAUUUUUUUUAUACCGUCUGCAGCUGCCUGGACAGCUACUGUGUUGACAUUGCAGAGAUUUAUUUAUGUAACAUGUGGCACGAUAAAAGGCAAAAAUUACCUGUUUAAUAAAAGCUCUGCUAUCUUGGCGUCUGUUUUCAGGCCCAAAUCCUGGCUGAGCUUUCUACCGCUUGAAGAAUGACCCGAGGUUUAUUAGAGUUAGAUUCCUCGCUUGGUCACACGUCCUCUUCAACUCUGACCUUUCUUCUGUCGGCUUGCCUUUUCUUAGUGCUUUUGACAGUGGGGCAAGCGAAAGUGUUUUUUUGCAUCCAUCUCCAUCACAGCUCCUGUAGCUAAGUUGCUACGCUACUUUUAGCCACUUAGAGCUCUGAGGAGGGCUAGUAGAGUGGGAGGGGAUGAGUCGGAACUACGGGAGAGGGGUGUGUCAAAUACAGCAAGAUGAUUGGAUGGCGCGGUGGAACAGGAGAUUGACCAAUAGGAGCUGUCCGGGACGGAUGGCUCCCAUUGGUCAAUGUUUUUUUGCAGCCCUGCACCUGCUAGAGUGAACAGAUUUUUUCCAUUCUUCUUUCUCUAAACUUUGUGGAGAUCGCACUAAAGGACCAUGAUCGCCAUGUAAACGAGGUUCAUAAUAAUAACCAAUCUCUCCAAUUGUCAACCAUGCCUUUAAUCCUUUUGUUGCACUAAUGGAAAUACAUGUCAGAUAUCAUACAAGAACGGCUCAGACAUCAGGUUGUGAAUUCACACAGGAUGGAUAUUUUUCUUUAAGUUUGACAGAGUUUGACAGUUUUAUGCCAGGGAGCUGCUGAAUAUGAACAAGAUCUCUGGCUGGAGUUUCAAUGCUGUGGUGGUUUUUCACCUGAACUGUGUUUUUUGCGUUUUCAGACUCAGCGGGAUGCUCCAGACCACCGCCUCGCACCAGAGAGGUUCUGAUCAACGGACAGACGGUCAAACUGAAGUACUGCUUCACCUGCAAGAUCUUCAGACCGCCACGGGCGUCACACUGCAGCCUGUGCGACAACUGUGUUGGUCAGUCUCAAAGUUACCCAAGUACUUCAUUCUGCUGAGAAUGAAACUGAAGUGGAUGUCUUUGUGCUUUACCUUAGUGUUUAUUAAUCAUGAUUUACAGUGUCAACUUUGCUGCAUUUUUGGGUAAACAUUUUAGUUUUCAAUCUCAAGCCUUUAGAUUCCGGUCAUGAGUUGGUGCAAGCAUAAGAGGGUGCCUCAAUAAUUCACCACAACUGACUAUUCAGUUAACUAAUCUUGGCCAAAAGCAACCUGUACUGUCUCCAAACUACGUCCUGUAACCUCACUCUGCAUAGAACGUAAACGUAGUCACAGUGACGCCCCCUACUGGUUUCCAAAGAGACGUUAUGAAGCUCAAAGAUGGUAGUUACCGUAUUAGAAAAGCCAUCUGAAAUAACUUGGCGAAUAACUACAGGGCAUCCAACUGUCUCUCAAACAAGCCUCACCCCUAAUUAAACAUAACCAUAAUCUCUAAUUUGAUGUAAACAGCUGAGUUGUAUUAAAAUUCAGCUCCAUACAUUUGUCAAAAUUAGAAAUAAACAUAAAAUACACAAAGUGUUUUAGACCAGGCAGCAAACAUGUUUAUUUUUGCUGUAAAGUUGAAUGUUUGAGCUCACUUUCGUAGACAGCCUCUGGUGGACACUUGAGGAACUGCAAUUCUUGGCAUUUGGCAUAUUGGUGUCACUUUUUAAAGCUCCUGUGAGGAAGUUUCUACCUGUUGUGAAAUAGAUUUAAGUUAAAAUUGCUACAUCUUCAAGACCAGGCAGCAAACAAGACAAUUAGUGACAGGAUGGAUGAUUGUUAUGACUUAAUUUCUUAUACCUAUAACUGCUGCUAGAGGGCAGGUGUCAUUAAAGUAGCUAAAGAAACAGCCUUUAAUAUAUUUUCCACACUAAAAAGUCUCAGAAAAGUAAAACAUUUCCAGUCAAAAGUCUGCGAGGACCUCAUGGUGGCCCAGCCUGAAUCCUUUCCUUCUCUCCAGUCUUCUUGAUUCAAAUUGGGAUCACAGUUUCCACAUUACCAUCAUGCUGUAUCGGCAAAGGCUUGAAACCAGAGUCUGAAUCCAUAAAAGCAUUAACUAGGCGACGAUUUGAGAAGAAGAACCGCUUUCUUAUCCUAGACCUCUAUAGAAACAGUCAGUGGAGUGACCCAUACAGGACAUAAGACAGCAUGUCUGCACUGGCUUCACUUCUUGGAUUCUGGGGCUUCAUCCACUUCUGCUGUCCAGUAUAAUCCUCACAGAGCUGGUGCAGGAAUUUAAGAGAAGAACUUUUCAAUAAUCCAGAAACCUCUUCUUUAUUUGGUUCUGCAUUAAAAACAUGAAAUUCGCCCAUAAAAAAAAAAAAAGAACUGAAUCAUCUUUGUGUGUUUCUCCCCUCAGAGCGUUUCGACCAUCACUGUCCCUGGGUGGGGAACUGUGUCGGCCGGAGGAACUACCGCUUCUUCUACCUGUUCAUCCUCUCACUCUCCUUUCUCACUAUCUUCAUCUUUGCCUUCGUCAUCACACACGUCAUCCUCAGUGAGUAACACUACCCCACACCAACUCCUACACAUCACACACACACACACACAGCCUCUCUUGUGAUUCACUUAUUGAUUUCUUUAUGAAAACACUUGAGCUGCUGCACGCUCUGUCCUCUCUGCUGGGGAGGAAAAAAUAUAUAUAUUUGGACUCAGGUAUUAAUUGGAAAUUUCAGAAUCUUGUGAUGAAACUUCAAACUUUGUGAACCAGCUGAGCGUGAGGAUCUGAAUACUUGAUCCACCACUGUGUCUGAUCUAAAGCAGCUGCAUGAUGGCUCUGGACACUACAGAUCAGAUUAAAUGACGAAUGAUUUCCCUCUUUUACUCUGAAAUGUCCUCAAGCUGAACAAAACAGAAUUAGCAAUGUUAUUAACAAAGACCAAAGAAGCAGAUCCUCAUAAACUGGAUCUGAAAAAGUGGUAAUUUACCCAAUAAGAUCAAUAUUAUACUGACCGAGUGAAGGCCUGCAGAAAUACAACAUCUGAGUGUUCCCAAAAAUAACCCGACAGAAACCAUUUAAUCUGCACAAACAUCAUCUUUUAGUAAUAAACUUCAUUUAUUUAUGGGGCUGUUUUAAAACAAAGUCACUGCCUCACAUGAUUUAACAACGGUACACACUGUAGGCCAGGGGAAAAUCAGAAAUACAAAUUAGAAUAAUGCAGUUAACAAAUAAAAAACACAAGACAACCAACAAUAAAAAGUGGAAAUUUAAGUAUUUUUCUCGUCAUAAUCUUUUAAAAAUGACUGAUUCAAUCUUUGUCAAACAGAGAAACAAUUGUACGAUUGUAAGAAGAGUGCAGACAGACGGAAACUGGGGUUAUUUAAAGGACUGAUAUGUUCAUUUGAGGAGCUUUAAGAGCCAAUCACAAUUGUUUGACGGCAUAGACAGUGUAAAACACCAUACACAUUGUAAAACACAAACAUGGUCUCAGUGACGUCCUCUCUGACUAACAGCUGUGGUGGCUGUGGCUCAGUAGUAAGAGUGGGUCAUCUCCCAAUUGUAAGGUUUAGGUUUGGAGUUUUAUUCCCAGGUCCUGCUGUCCAAAUGUCGAAGAGUUCUUGGGCAUGACGCUGAACCCAGACCCUGCCACCUUGGUGUACCCAGCUCUUUGAUUGGUCAUAGGACUAGCAAACACACUUUUUACCAUGUAGAGGUCCAUAUUUAUGCCUGAAUGUGCAAACUUGAAGCCUUAAUAGAAAUAAAUUGUAAAUAAAUUCAUCCCGAGUUCUAUGUAUGUACCAAAAGAGAACUGGAUCAUUUAGACCUGGACUUUUUUGUACCAGGUCGUAAAUAGUGUUGUGUCGUUCACGAACGAUUCUUUCAAAAGAACCAAAUCUUUUAAGUGAAAGUACUGAACCGAAUCACUUCCUAAAGUGAUUCGUUCGUUUCUCACUUCAGUUGGGUUGUCAGCAGCGCAGAUGCUAUAGCACACAGCAUGCAGGGGGGCAGCCGGCGAACAAGGGACCGCAUGCACAGACACCUGAAUCACUUGGUGAACGAAUCACGCAUUGAACUACACUCUCUGGAAUCAUUUUUGUCAGACAAAACUAACUUUUUUUUUCUUACUGCUAAAUUGCCACCACAGCAACUUGAAUACGAUAGGGCACAGCAUGUAACAAGUGGUGCAUUAAACCCGCAGCAUCCUAUCAUUGCAGCGGUUUGCGAGGGAACGGUGUAUGCUCAGUGUGAAUUCUUCUAAAAAUUUAGUGAAGGAGUCACUCACUGAGCCCAAUUUACCAAGCAGACCUGGUAAAUAGCAUACCAUAGGACAGUACACUUAAAACAUCAUGACUUAUAAACAAGUUCAUUUUUACAAACCUGUUUGCCAAAGCAACACAGCCAAAUACUCUCGUCUCCUGGUCCCAGAAGCUAUGAAAUGAACUGAAUCCUGAAUCGUUCAGCUGUGUAUCAGUUCAGAAGUUCAGAGUCACAGGCUCCUCCUGCCAAGCGCUGAAUGAUUCAGUGAUUCUGUGAACAAAUCUUUUAAACAAAUCUUUUUUGUGAACUGAUUCUAGUGAUUCAGUACAUCUUAAAGAACUGCCGUGCCCAUCACUAGUCGUAAAUUUUACUGUUAAAACUGACACUUGGACAUGAGUCUCAUUGGGGAUCCACUGGUUUUGGAGACAGCCUCAAGUGGACACUAGAUGAACUGCAGCUUUUAGAACUUGCAUUGACUUGAUUUUUUAUCAGUAGAGGAUGCUGACUUAUGCAAAAGUGUGCCGACUAAAAGCAAUGGACCCACCGAACAGAUCUGGAAAAGGAUUGGAGUAAAUUAAUAAAGGUUAUGGAAAGACCAAAGGUUAAAUACUGAAGUCAGCUGGUCUCAUCAGGAAAAUGACAGACUGGUGACACAGUUAUAUCAGCAACAAAUCCGACCUGAAAUCUGCAGGAAUUUUGUCCUGGACUGAUUCCCCCACUGAACAGAAACCUAUCUUAAUGGACUGAAAUUGUCAGUAAGCCUCUGUGACCUCUACCUGCCCUGGAGCUGAAACAAACACUCAGACAGUCCCCAGAAUGAUUCAGCUCCUGGUCUUAAAGUUUAAACACAUUAAGGAGUUAUUUUCUGCUGUUAAAGAAUAAACAGCCGCAUCCCUGGUGUGUUGUUCCUCUGGUAAGCUCUCUGCACUGGAGUGUGUUUCAGCUCUGCUGCAGCUUCUCAUCUGUUUAAUGGAUCAGCUUUCGAUCCCGCUCAGCCCCGCCCCCUUGCCCCUUGAUUGACAGGUUGUCAGAGAGAGGCUGAGGCUGCAGUCUCUUCAUGUUUCCUGUUCCUGAUCGAUUGGACAGCUUUCAGCUCAUAUAACCACUCGGCCUGUUUACAGUAAAAACCGGAUCUGACAGGUUUAGAUUUACUUUACUGACUCUGCAGAAAGAAAAAGUUUUUCAUCUCCUUAUAUUUUCAAUUCUCAAACCUGCCUCCUGUUUUUAGAUUUGUACAUGACUCAAGAUCAGACUUUAUUAUUUUAACAAAAAUCCUUUUAAUUCAAGAACAGAGGAGAUAAAUAAAUCAAAGUGAGAUAGAUAAAUGGAUGGAUGGAUAGAUGAUUGGAUUGAUGGGCGGAUGCAUGCAUGCAUAAUAUUAGUAAUAAUAAUAAUAACUUCAUUUAUAUAGCGCUUUUGAAAACAAGAGUUUACAAAGUGCUUUAACAGGCAGGAAAAUGAAGAAGAUAAAAACAACAGAACAACCAGAGAGCACUUGGGGGAAAUGUCACAUUACUGGCAAUAAAGAAAUAAAAUAAAAUAAAAAUUGGUCGAAGACAUAAAAGCUUUAAAGAAUGUCACAUGAGCUGAGACAUCAUUAAAAUUUAGGCAUUAAAACCAAGACAUUAUAAGAACCCAUGAUACCCAGUCAACACAGGAACCCAACCACAAAAACCUGAAACCAAGGAGACGAUUGUUAAACAUGGAUAAGAAGAGUAAAAGGUUUUAAAGAAGACAAAAUCCCAUAAAAGCAAGUCUAUAAAAAUGAGUUUUAAGAUGUGAUUUAAAAACAGUGACUGUUUGUGCACACCUGAUCUCAUCGGGGAGGUUGUUCCAAAGUCGAGGGGUCCUGAUGAAAAAGGCCCCAUCAUCUUUAGUUACAAGUCUCUACUUUGGAACGACUAGGAGGCCCCCACCCAAGGAUCUCAGGGUGUGGGCUGGCCCAUAGGAUGGAUGGAUGGAUAAAUGGAUAAAUGGAUGGAUGGAUGGAUGGAUGGAUGGAUGGAUGGAUGGAUAUGUGGACAAACCAUCCAUCCAGUGUCCUCCAGAAAAUCUCUAUACAAAAGGGACAAGGACCAAAGACUGGAUGGUCCUGAUCUUUAGGCCCUGAGACAGCACUGCAUUGAACACAGACAGGACUCUGGAGUGGAAAUCACUGCAUUGACUCAAAAUCACUUCCUUAAACUGUUGUCUGUGACAAGUGUUUUCUGCUGCAUCGUCAAAUGCAGAUUAAAAACCGCACCAUGCAAAGAGAAAUCCAGUUUUUUAAUUGUCUGUAUUGAGGUUUUCUGAAUAUUUAAUGUGGAAGUUUGUUUUUGCUCUGAAGAGAACUUCUUUAAAUCAACACGCUAUCUGAAGGAAAAUUCCGGAACUGAAGAUUGAUUUUCUGCCUUCCUGGUUCCUCACGGUCACGUGUCGUUGACCUAUUUCCCGGCGUUCAGAAUGUUGAUAUGUUUUCCCUCCCUGCAGGUCUGAACAGGCGGGAAACUGGAGCCUCGAGCUUCUUCUAACAACGAGCAGACUGUCUGACACAAACCCGUGUCCUCUUCUAACACUACACUGUUUGUUUACUGUUUUUAGCAGCAGAGCUAUAAAAAGAUGCAGCAGACUGAGGGGACUUUGAUGAACAAGAUGUAAAUUUAGAGAUCAGGAGCUCGUUUCAGGCAGACAUCACUGCUGCUUCUGGUGUUGAUUUUACUUCGGAGGAAUUUUUGCACUUCCAGUAGAAACCUUCAAACCCCAAACUCAGGUCCAUGACAAGACUUAUAAACUUUGACAUGUUCACCGUAGAGACACUGGAUUUUCAGAAGUUUGUUUUGGGCAGACAUCAAAAUAAUAACGUCUUCAGAGAGUGGCAGCCACAUUGAAUCUGAUAGUAUGUCUCUUAUGUCUGUGAGUUCACAUCAGACCGAUCAAAAAUGUGAUUUUUGAGGGUCGAUUUGCCCUCCAGAGCUUACUAACAGAAGUUUAUGGAGUUUCAGCUCGUAGUCUAGGUCCUACCCAGUUGGGUUUCCUCUCACGAUUUUACAGAAUCAAAUUUAAGGGAUAAAAGUGCAAAAAAAAAACUGUAGAUAGAACUCUCAACUCAACUUGAUUUGUAGAGCACUUUAAAAACAACCAAAGCUGAUACAAAGGGCUGUACAUAAUAACAUAAAAACAUAAAGCAUUAAUAAAAAGUUGUUUUAAAAUAUAAUAAAAAGCAAUAAAACAAAUGCCGUCUCAUGCUGGGUCAAAAGCCAAGGAGUAAAAGUGUGGUUUUUUUAGACGGGUUUUAAAAAUGGACAGUGAGGGAGCUUGUCUAAUGUGGAGAGGUAAGUCAUUCUGUAACGUAGGAGCAGCAACAGAAAAAGCUCUGUCUCCUCUGAGCCUCCGCUUAGACCUUGGUACCUUCAGGAGCAGCUGGUCAGCUGACCUGAGGCACCGGGCAGAGAGGUAGGGGUGAAGCAGCUCAGAGAGGUAGGAUGGGGCCAGAUCAUUGAAGGUUUUGAAAAUAAAUAAAAGGAUAGAUGCAGAUGGUCUUCACAGGAUGAAUCUUGUUUUUGAUCUUGAGGGUUUUCACAAAGCUGAAUCACCACAUUUACUCUCUUCUCUCUGCAGGAUCGAACCGGACAGGCUUCCUGAGUGCGCUCAAAGACAGUCCAGCCAGAUAUCCUUUUAAUCUUCGAACACUUGAUGGAUCCACUGAUGCCUCGUCUGACUUGAACAGGGAAUUAAAGUAUUUUCAUUUGGGGUCUAAGUGACUAAAAAAGUUUUAGAAUUGCUCAAAUUAAUUUCUCCACCCUGCAGCAGGUGAAACAGGCUGUAAAUGCUGAUCCAUAAUCUCUCAAAAUUUCUUGUUUUGGUCUCUGACUCCAUGAACGAACUCAUCAGUGCAGCAGCUCUCAGGUUCACAAAGGAAAAUUUCACUUUUUUAUUUUAUGGUGAAAAAAAGAAGCACUCACUCACUCUCAAACACUCUCUGCUCUUCCUCUGCAGGUUACUGUUGUGUGUUAGUGUUCCUGAUCAAUCAAUGACUCUGGUGCAGUCACGAACCACAGGUCAAUAUGUCCCAUAAUGCAUUGCAAGGUUGAAGUAGUGUCACACACUUUGGGCCACAAUUACAGCUACAGCAUAUUCUUCCAUCUCCUAUUCUUCAGCUGCUUCCUCUUUCUGGUUCCAGGUGUCAGAGCUACGGUGGCCGAGAACUGCCACUGCUGCAAAUAAAAAAGAAUGCAAAAAAAAAAACAGAAGCCACAACAGAAGUUACCGAUGCAUAAGAAAAAAAAGAAACCGAAGCCCGCUGCAAAUAAAAAAAGAAAUGGUGUGGUUAAAAAAAGUCAAAAUGGAAGUUAACAACGCAAAAAAAGUGGCAAUGCAAAAAAAAAAGUCACUUACUGCAAAAAUAAAAGGAUCCAAAUAAAAAAAGCCACAACAGAAGCUACCGGUGCAAAAACAAAAAGAAAUGGUGCAGAUAAAAAAACCUAAAAUGGAAGUUAAUGACGCUAAAAAAAAAAAAAUGGGGAAUGGCUCACUUCAGUUGUGACUGUUCUUUAUUAGCACCCUUUUACCUUCGCAGUAAGUAGCUUUUUUUUUCCAUUGCCACUAUUUUUUUUUUUUGCGUCAUUUACUUUGUUGUAACUUCUUUUUUGUUGUAUUCUUUUUUUAUUUGCAGCAGUGGCAGUUCUUGGCCACCAUACACAGCACUAUCUUAACUGAAGUAAAAUUCAGGGUGACAUUUUGAUGUAAAAAGAAAAGAAAAAAUCUUUCCUUGACUGUUUUCUGCACCGUCCUGGAGGUGGUGGUGUGUUUCUUCUCCGUCUGGUCCAUUGUUGGUCUGUCAGGUUUUCACACAUACCUGAUCAGCUCUAACCAGACCACCAAUGAGGAUGUGAGUAUACGAGUGUACAGAGUCGAGAAUAUGGUCUAAGGUCCACUCGAGAGGGCCUGAAACUGUCUGGAAAUUUUCUUUUCUGUCAAAAUAAUGUGUUACUGUUAUUCAGUGACUCUUUGAAUCAAGUUUCCUUUUCUAAUUCUGGUCGUGGUUCUGAUCCAGAUCAAAGGUACCUGGUCUACCAAGCGAGGGAAGGACAAUUACAACCCCUACAGCUACGGAAACAUCCUGACCAACUGCUGUGCGGCUCUGUGUGGACCCGUUCCUCCCAGGUCAGUAAAGUCCUCCGAAAGACUGAAAAAAAGGUCCAAACACAUAUGAUGACUCAAGUCAGGACUAGACUCAGGACUGAAACAAGGACUAAACAAGGACUAAAAAUUGUUUAUUUCAUUUACUACUGAAAACCAAAAAUUUUUUAAAUGUCCUUAAAAUUUCACGAAUAUAUAUUUAUUUAUCUCAUUUGAUACAGUAGAUGUUUUUGGAAACUGAUGAACCACAAGAGGACAUUUUUAGCAUUUAUGGGACUGUAUUCAGGUGUUUUUCAGUAAUUUGUUGAUCAUAUCGAUUUGAUAGAAGUAUCAUAAAAGUAUGGAUCAAAAAUGAUACAAAAGGCACUAAAGAGCGAGAACUAGGAAAACGAGUAAACCGCUUAUCAAACCCAGACUAAACUCAGUAAUAAAUCCAGGACUGAAGACAAGUGCUUUUAGUAACUAAACCCAGAACUAACUCUGAAUCCAGCUCUAAAUCCUGGACUUAACUCUGCACAGUCCUCUGACAAUUUUAGAACCAGACUCCAGACUGAACUCAGACCUAAAUCAAAUGUUUUACGACCAUUUUGAUCAGGAUGUAACUAACCGCAUUAAACUAAAACAUCACUUCAUUUUUCUUCCACCUCCUCCUCUGUGUUUAAUGAGGACAGUGUUCAGCAGAGACCUUCCUCUGUGUGAUUACAGUCUGCUCCUCCUCCUCCUCCUCCUCAUUAUUUUGUCAGGGAUGACUUUCUUCACUGCUGAAUGUCUGAGCUGCACAGUGAUUUAAAAAAUAUUCAUAGUCACAGUUUCUUACAUUCACACUCACAAAGAAACACUUAUCUGCUCUCUGCUGUGUCAGUUCUCUUGUUUCCAUCCCUGCUGAAUAUCAUACACAUAUGAUUUAGAUAUAAAUGAUCUAAAUAUAAAUGACCUUUUUGUAACAUAAGGGAACAUCAAAACAGGGGUAGAUCAGCAUCUCCCAUGUUUUACGAGUCACGCUGAAUUAAAUCAUCAGAGAACGUCUUCCGCCUCUGGAGACAAGGAGAGGAUGCUUGUGUCAGAGGCAAACAUAUGGAGGCAGAUUCAUCCCACAGCCUGCUUGUUAAACUGUCACCAGCUGGUGUGUGUGUGUGUGUGUGUGUGUGUGUGAGUAUCAGUGUGUGUGUAUCAGUGUUUGUGUGUACUUAACAACAUGCUGACUCCACCUGCUGAAACCCUGAGUGUCAGGCGACGGGUGUUUAAAUAAAUAACUCCGCUCACACUCAGAUAUGAAAAGUGCAAAAAAGGAGCAGUGAGAUGUGUCUGUAUAUGAACGCUGUGUAAAUAAAGUUUUAAUUUGAAUUCUUUGUGUCCCAGUUUGAUUGACAGGAGAGGUCUGAUCCAGUCCGACACACCGCAGACCGUCUCCCAGUCCAAUGGGACCAGCGGCGGAAGCUACGCCCCCACGCAGCUCAACAGUCACAUGGUAGGACGACGAUCAGAAAGUGGAGAGAAAUAAACGGCGAAGUCACACAACACAAACACACACACACACACUCACACACACUCUCUCUGAGUCUCUGCUGUCUUCGUUUCUCCUCAGUGUGAUCAGGAUCAGUGUAUCCAGAGCACCAAGUUCGUCCUGCAGGCUGCAGCCACUCCCCUGCUCCACAGCGACCCAGUGGUCCUGGCCCCUCUGCCUGGGAAGACCACCACCCUGGGAGGCCCCUGCGCCUACCUGGCCCCUUCCCAGCCAUCCCUGCCUUCUUGCGGGGGAGACGUCCACACCCUGAGGGACGCUGCCACCGACUCCCACUGCCACCACCACCUGCAUCAUCACCACCAUCACCACCACCACCACUUCAUUAGCCCAGAGGAGACGCCCUGCACCACACCUCAGGGCGCCCUGCCAUGCCCCGCACAUCUGCACCUCCACCCGCACCCACAUCCCCCUAUCCCUUCCCCCUCCGCCCUGUAUGACCCGGCCAGUCAGGACGCUUUGCACGAGGACUCGGUCAGGGGUCUCGUCAAACUCAGCACCGUCUGAACUGAACUCUACUUCCAACAUUUUUCGCUCUCAGACCUCAGUUUCUAAGUUUUGUCCAAAGAAAGUUUGUUUCCAUUCUCCAGAUUUUAUGAACACUCUCAUCUCGAGCAUUAAAAAGUUAUCAGAUCUGGAAGAAAACGUCUCCGUGGGUGCUAAAAGGUUCCUAAACUGUGUCCUAUUUUGACGGAAACUUGUCUAAUUGGUGUUUGCACCUAAAAUUAUGAAUGAUUCAAAAGUUGUAAUGAUUUAAUGUUGUACAGGCAUUAAUAAUACAUUUCAGCUGUUUUCCACAGCUUGUUUUAUCAUGAUGCAUAAUUUAAAUUACAUUAUACCAAAUUAAACCACAUUUACUUGUUAAAUCCUCAGAACAAAUGCUCCAGACGCAGAUAAGAAAAAUGUCCAAGCAGACAAAAAACAGCAGAGACGUUCUGGACUCAAAAUCAGAUUUUGGAUGUCCUAAAUUUGAAAUUUUCAUGAAGGCCUAUCUUUGUUUUGCAGUUAUCUCCUCUUUUACCAUCAUUCCCACAGGACCCUGCUGAUUUUUGUAUAAGGUUAAACUAUGUGCAGCAAAGAAAAGUUCAUGUUUACCCAGAAUAAGCUACUAUGAUGCCAAACAGACGUCUGCCUUUAGCUGCUGUCCGACCAAAUGUGACGUCAAAACAACAGACUUUUUACCCAAAGGGUGGCUGGGUGGUUUGAGACGACUUGAUUGUGAAGCUUUUUUCAGAGAUUGUGUGAGAAAUGAGACUGAUGUGUUUCUCAGGGGAGCUGAGUAACCCUAUGUGAAUCUUCAGGAUUUUUGUAUUUGGUUCUGAGGACAAAAACAAGAGACGGCGAACAACUGCAGAGCUGAGUUCAUCCGUUUGGAGCAAAGCGGUACCACUGCCAGGUGUUCAGCUGGAGGUCAACCUGCUACUGAAAAACUGAGAAAAAUUCAGAGUUACUGAGAAAAAAGGUGGGAUUUGUAAUAUGCUUUGUCAGAAUUUUUCUGUUGAUGAACUUUGUCCAGCAAAUUUUAACGUGGUCAAUAAAAAGCCGUUAUAACAAACAUGGAUUUUUGAGUCACUGACAUGAUAACUAGCUUGGUUAAGGAGGUCUUUGAUCGUUUCUGGUGAGCGCAGUAUUUAAAGAUGAGAAAAACCAUAGACUGUAUAUACUAUGGACAACUUGGUUCCGCCUCCCGCCUGUAUACGGAUUUGAAGCCGAAAAGGUCUCGGUCUUUCCUGAAACCAGCGCAUACGUAGUAACGUUGCGCGCAGUCGGCGCAAGAGUCGCUGUGAUGACGCUGGGCUCAAACAGCAUAUCCCCUGGGUGAGCGACGCAAUCCCCGAACACCAAUAGGCUGUAUCAGGUGUCAAUCAUAGAAAACAUGAACCCCCUAAUAACUUUUAAAAACGGAGCUUCACAGAAAAAAGAGGACUUGAGCACAAACCAGUCUUAUAAUAAUUACUUGUCAACAUCACAAGCAGGGGGAAGAAAAAUUUAUGUUCUGUGUAAUUAAUUUCUAAAGUUUGUCCACAGCCUCAUAAGCUUUGCUGGUGGAGGGGGGGUUUAUGACCUAUACUGCAGCCCGUCACCAGAGGGUGCUGUUCUCAGAGUGGCUUCACCCAGAGAGGAGGCAGACGCUGUCCAUUCUAUAUACAGUCUAUGGUUAAAACAGGUAUAAGAAAAAACAAAGAACAUGAAACUCCAGAAAGUUUUUUUGUAGAGGGGUUGUUUUGCUCAUUUUCGUUUUUGUUUGUACUUUUUACCAGUUAAUAAUUUUAAAGAUUUUUGAAAAAUCAUCUCAGAAUAAAAACCUUUAUGUUCGCCUCUGUCUGAAACGCUUCAUUUCAGCUGCUGUCUCUUUAAGACACUUAAGCACUUCAGGUGCCUCCUCCUCUGUUACAACCCAAAAUGAUUAAUCAUUCUAUAUAGCCAUAUGACUGUACUCUACAACUGUUCAGAAAGGGACAGAAUAUUUGCAGCAACAAAGACAAGAGACCAGCAACAAUAAAUAGUUCUAGUGAUUUAAUUUUGAUUCUCUUCUUAGGAUUGUUACUGGUGUUGAAAUACUUGCUGUUGAAAGUCUUGCAUAGAUCUUGUACAUUUUUUAAGACUUUUUGAAUAAACUCAAAGAAGGAUUGCAGCUAGUCUGAGAGUAGUAAUCAUGGCUGGUGAUUGUCAUGUCAGGAGGAUAUAUCAUAACCAUUUGAGCCACACAUUUCUUAUGUGCGCUAUUCAUCUAUCCUUAUUUGUAUUUGAGAGUGCAAAUUAGAUCUAAAAUAGCCAUUACACCCUCAGAAGUGCACAAAACCAUGUAAAUUUAAAAAGACAUCAAAUUACAGUGACAUUAAAAGUUAAAAGUAAAAGUUCUUGUGCAGUUUAUGUUUUUGCUUUGACACUUUCUCCUGCAUGCAAACAGUAUAGUUGACAUUUUCUCUAACCUUUAUUCUCAUUAACCUUUCUGACACUAUACAACAUUCCAUAAAUCUGGGGCUUCAUUGGUAACAUGUAUAAGAGAUUAUGGGUAUACCUCCUUCUCCAACCCUCAAUGUGAAUUUAAAUGCAAGGCAAAUCAUGUUUAUUUUAUUAAGAAACAAAAUUUGUUCAUGACUCAUUCUCAGCAGAUUUUUAUUAACCUAAAAUGAAGAAGUGGUUCCGUCCUAAUCUGUGACAGACUUAGAGUAGUUGUUCAUCCAGGCCGCUAGGUGGCGUCUCUGACUGUGAAGUACAGCAACAGACACAAUCGUUGUCUUCACUAGCGGCCAAUCACAACUCUCCUUUUAUUCCGACGGAAAAAGCUGUCAUGUCAGCUCCUACAUUCUAGAGGGAAAAUGGAUUUAAGCGUUUCAAUGUCAUGAAAACUGAAAUACCUGAAGGUACAACACGUAAAACCAACCAGCUGCAGAAAUACUUGAUUGACCAGCCGCUUUGUUGGUUUUCGUUGAGUGGCAGAGACGGGGAGAUUACUGGGUGUUCUGGUUUAGAUGACGACCUUUUUUUUUACUGACUUUCAGCCUAAUUUGUCGGUUGCAACGGUUAUUAAAACAGAUAUAACCUAGUGCACCCUGUUGCUAUGAAGACUACGAAAGUAACACUAUAACAAGGUCACCGUUUUAAACGGAGCACCAGCGAUGUGUCUGCUACAGUCUAUGGUGAUGCGUCACUGUAAUGUGUCUCAUAGUUCAGUGACUUUGUUCCGAAUCUGCUACAUGAAGUUAAAAGCUUUUGAAACCCAGUGAUAUAUUGUGUUAUAUUUGGAUGUUAAUUCUGAAAAGGGUUGUGUAAAAACGGGAUAUGGGCGGUACUCAACAGAAAAAGCGGCGGCGGGAAACAGACACUCAGCUACAGUAAACAUCGACAUUUUUGGAAAGAUUUUACUAUAUGUGUUGAUUGAAAAUAAAUGUUAUUCUUAAUAAAGGACUAAUGAGUUCAUGACAGCAGUUUAGUAAGCGUUUUGUAGCCAUUAAAGUGCAAAUAACUUGUUCUAAAACCACCUUUCUUUAAUGCGGAAAUAGCUCUCAAUAUGCGUGGUUUUAGACAGUUUAAACGCUGAAAUACCAGAUGUAUUUGUUAGUGUGGAUGGCUUUUCAAUAAAUAAAAAAAGAAGUGAGCCUUUUGUUCAAAUUUAAACUGUUGUGUAAACGCGCAUUUUGUCAGUUUUGUAACACCGGUUUCGCUCGUUUUUGUAACCCCACACAGACAAAGACGUUUGAAUUUCCCGCAGCUGUUCACCCGGCACUCCAUUACAUUCCUCCUUUUGAUUGGCUCCGUUGCAGCGUCAGUUUAAAGAGCCAGCACCAGCUUCACUCCUAUUGGCCAGUUGCGUUCAAGCGCCAAGAUUUCAAUAAAAAGGCGAGGGGAAUGUGGAAACCGCUUCAUUCUCUGCUCUGUGUCUGUCCCGGCUUUUUGUUAGUUUAGGGUCUCCUGUCCUCUUUUUUUAGCGUUCAUUUAGUUUCUUAAUUUAUUCUCGUUUUAUCAUUUUCUUCACGUAAACUCAAGGAAACAAAAAUGCCUUCUACUCGCUCUCCUUUGUCCGUAAAGAAUGAGAACUCCAUCAGCAGUCAGCUCAGCAACAUGACUCUGGAGAAAGAAAACACGGUAAGUCACUGAAAUUCUUGUAAAACUUGUGUUCUUACUGUCUAACUGUCAGUUUAAGCGUCUGUGCUUUUGACUAUACAUCAUGGUGACCUGUUCAGACAUCCCCAGUUUAACUAACCCAGACUGAAUUUGUAACCAUCCUUUUUUCAUAUGCCAAUGUGGGCAAAUUAACCAAAGACAACCUGCAAAGAUGUUGUCGUUUUAAAAUUAAUGAAGGGUUUGUUUUCUUUCUUUCUUUCUUUCAUCCAGCCUCCGAGUCUGAACUCUACUCGCAUCCUGGCGUCUAAAACCGCGCGUAAAAUCUUCGACGAACCUGCGGUAAGUCAGACCAGACCUGCUCAAACUGAUCAAAUAUGAUAGCAAUACUAUCAACUGUUUAUCAGUAUCCAGAUUUAUGCAAAACGAAGAGUAAUUAUUGGGUUUUUUUGUGCACAUGUGGCGCCUUCAUUGUAACUUCUGGCGCCAACAAUCAGCUGAUUGCGAUCACCUGCCUUUCAAUCAUUGACACAGAUUUAUCGAUAUGUGUAACUUUCUGCAAAAUAUAUGAGCAGGCUUUUCAUCUUCUACACCUUAAGUCCUGCAUGUUGCAAACUUGAAUAAUUCAUCCACCUGUUUACAAAGUGUAAACAUUUUUUGGCACACACUCAUGACCACCAUUUUAAUUUUAUGGCAUCAUGAUUUUCCCGUCCAGAAAAUGCCAAAUGCAGCCUGUGUUUAAUUUAACAAUGUAUUCAGACAAAGACAGAAGAAAUGCUGACUUCUUGAGUUUAUCAUAAUGUAGCUAAAAGUAGUUUUCACUGGGUAAUUUGUCACAAAUUAUUCAGUUAUUUGACAUUCAAAUUUCUUGCAUGUUAAUUGUUACUGACAGUCAAACAACACUUUUGACUGUUUGUGUUAAAGUACUAAAAAGAUUCAAAUAUCAUCAGGGAUGUAAUUCUUCAGGAUUUAUCUGAAGUUAUCCAAGCUGUUUGUCCCACACCGACAUUGUCCCUGUAUAACUGUACUCAUAAGACAAACUUUGUGUGUUUCCUCAGCCUAAGUCAGAGAAGAAGAGCAGCAGUGAGGUGGAACCUCUUCUGAAGGAGAACCCUCGCCGCUUCGUCAUCUUCCCCAUCCAGUACCAUGACAUCUGGCAGAUGUACAAGAAGGCUGAGGCCUCAUUCUGGACUGCAGAGGAGGUAUGUCAGAGUUUGAGGGUCUGAUAGAAAGGCAUGUGUUGAGGUUGUUUCUCAGGUUGUAGAUCAUAUGACCCCAACAACUUGUGUCUCUUCAGGUGGACCUGUCCAAGGACCUGCAGCACUGGGAGUCUCUGAAGGACGAUGAGCGCUACUUCAUCUCUCAUGUGUUGGCUUUCUUUGCUGCUAGUGACGGCAUCGUUAACGAGAACCUGGUGAGAGUCAAAGAUUGAAGUUUUUAAUGUGGCAAUCCUUAACUCAAAAUAUUGAGUUAAAUUAUUGAAGAAAGGCUUGAAAAUGUGCAGGAUAAAAACUUGAAGAGAAAUUUUAAGGACAUUUUUCACACUUGGGCUCAUUUCUUAAACCCAACAGAUCAUAAAUCUGAAAUAAAAUAAGCCACUGAAAGGAAAAAAAAUGACAGUCGUCUGACCUCUAAAUCUGAAAUCGGCCAUGAAAGGUUUUUAUUCUGUCUGGUUAAUGGAAAUCCUAACAAACUAGAAUCUGAUUUGAUAAAGAUUUUCUUGAAAUUGUAAACUGAAUUGAAGAGUUUAAUUCUCAUCCCAAGUCACUUUAAUUUGAUCAAAUCCACUGAUCAACAUGAACUUUAAUGAUGAUUACUCGCUGUUCCUCAUUUGACCACCAGGUGGAGCGCUUCACUCAGGAGGUGCAGGUGACAGAGGCCAGGUGUUUCUAUGGUUUUCAAAUCGCCAUGGAGAACAUCCACUCAGAGAUGUAUAGCCUCCUCAUUGACACCUACAUCAAAGACCCCAAAGAGAGGUGAGACCCUGAUACUGGUCUGGACUGGAGCCCAGAUACUGGUUUAUAAUGGAACCCCAUUACUGUUGAUGAUCUGGUGUCUGAUGGUGCGUUUACUGACCCACAGAGAAUACCUGUUCAACGCCAUCGAGACUCUGCCGUGUGUGAAGAAGAAGGCUGACUGGGCCAUCAACUGGAUCGGCAACAAGAGCGCCAACUACGGUAAAGCUGCUCGCCAUGAUGUCACUGAAUAACAGGGUCUGAUAUUGAUCUUUAUCUGUUAUUGAUCAUCUGAUACUGAUAUGGACAUUGUGUUUCCUGCAGGAGAGCGGGUUGUGGCCUUUGCCGCUGUGGAGGGAAUCUUCUUCUCUGGUUCGUUCGCUGCCAUCUUCUGGCUGAAGAAGAGAGGCCUGAUGCCCGGCCUGACCUUCUCCAACGAACUCAUCAGCAGAGACGAGGUGAUUAUUGAUCACUGGUCACAUUAAAUCAUGAAUUAACAUUUGUGUGUGUCUACAGUGAGUGUGUUAACACUGUGUGUUUUCAGGGUCUUCACUGUGACUUUGCGUGUCUGAUGUUCAAACACCUGCUGAACAAGCCGUCUGAACAAACCGUCACCAGCAUCAUCAAGAACGCCGUGGAGAUUGAGCAGGUUUGUUCUUGCACACCAAAUCCCUGCAGACACUCUGAUCUACCUGUUCUUGUAGUCCACCUGGUGUUAAAGUUGUGUGUUUGUGUUUCUGUGUGUGUUCAGGAGUUCCUGACUAAGGCUCUGCCGGUGAAACUGAUCGGGAUGAACUGUGAUCUGAUGAAGCAGUACAUCGAGUUUGUGGCCGACAGACUGAUGCUGGAGCUUGGAUUCAGCAAGGUAACCACAGAGACCACAACACCCAGUGAAACCUCAGUGUAUUGAGGCAGGAGCGUUUUUAGGGUCAGUAGAGGAUCUGGAUCAGGUCUGUGGUGAUGAGCUGCGCAGGGGUACGGACCUCAGCCGAUGAUGGGGGCUGAGUGCUGCUGCUGAGCUCUGAUUGGAGGACAAGUGGUUCACUGACAGACCGGCAGUAGCACGAUAUUGACGCCAGACUGAACAGACCACCUCCUCUGAUCACGCAGACCUUUUGAGUCCCAGUGUCAUUAGAGUUAAAAUAGAAACUAACAGAUCCUUUAGUUUGUGCAGCGGUAAAGAAGUAUGAUUACAGGAGUAACUGGAAGUAAUGUUGUAUUCAAAUCCCUGUUCAAGAUCUGACCCUUGACCCUCUGUGUGUUUUCAGAUCUACCGGGUGGAGAACCCCUUCGACUUCAUGGAGAACAUCUCUCUGGAGGGAAAGACCAACUUCUUCGAGAAGCGUGUCGGCGAGUACCAGAGGAUGGGCGUGAUGUCGGGCCCCACAGACAACACUUUCACACUAGAGGCCGACUUCUAG